AUGGAUGACGUGACAAUUAAAAUCCUCCUGCUUGGGGAUGAGAAAGUAGGGAAAACAACGUUUUUAUCGCGGAUUAGUGGAGGUAGCAGCAGUCUUGAAGGUCAUGCCCCUAUUACUUUAUUACGAGAUAUAAAUCAGCCUUUCGUUUUCGAGAUACGAAACCGAAGGGGUACAUAUCGUCUUGAGUUCUAUGACACUUCCAGUCCAGAAGACUGGAGGCUGCUUGAACCGGACUUGGUCUUGAUUUGCUACGAUAUCAGUCAAAGACUAAGCCUCAUCAAUAUGCAAAGAAUCUGGAUCAAGCAGGUCCAUGCCAACUUCCGAACUAGUGACCACCUCCCCGUAAUUGUCGUCGGCCUCAAGAGAGACCUAAGAUCCGAAACUGAUCCCAAUGGCAUCAUAUAUCCUCAGGAAGGACAUAAUGUGUCGCAAGAGAUGAGAGUGGACAAAUACGUCGAGUGCUCGGCUGUCACCGGCGAACUCCUCAAGCUAGCCUUCGAGGAGAUAUGCAAUACCGCAGUAAGGACGACUGUAACUGAUGGUGGGCAAAGUGAAGGAGGGUGUUUGGUGUUGUAG